GCCUGAUUCGUUUUACAGAAAUUUGAACAGUAAUUUUAUAUUGCAAGAAUUAAACAACAAGUAUAUCACGUAUAAAAUAAAUAUAAGUGCUAAUACAAUCUUUAAUAAACAUAAAAAAAUCCCUAGUUGACUAUUUAAUUUCAUACGUUCGAGGCGACUGAGUUAAACCACUGCGUCUUAGGACCCAAAUGUAAGUCGCUCAUUUCAAAUUUCAAAACAAACGAGUCGCUGUCAACAGCAGUGAGAAUGGACUGAACAGCUCGUUUAAACUAAUACAAACCGAAUACAUGUAGCGUGUAAAAACAUUCGUGGUGAUAUGUAAUUGAUUUUCAAAAGAAGAAUCACCAUAAAUCGUGUUUGUAUUCUGAAUGAGGACCAUCUGACGAGACUAGCUAGUGAUCUAACUCUAGUGAAUUAAUUGUGAUAAAUGAACAUCUAAAGAGUCAGCAGCGAUGGAAGCUCGUGGGAUGUCAUCUGAAGGCUCACACAGCGCAGUGAAAGCUCCCUCCAUCGAGGACUUUACUCUGGUCAAACCCAUCAGCCGAGGAGCCUUCGGGAAGGUUUACCUCGCCAGGAAGACAUGCACCUCCAAACUCUAUGCUAUCAAGGUGGUGAAGAAAGCAGACAUGGUGGAUAAGAACAUGGCUGAUCAGAUGAAAGCUGAGAGAGAUGCUCUCGCUCUCAGUAAAAGUCCUUUUAUUGUGCACCUGUUUUACUCUCUUCAAACUGCAACGAAAGUCUAUCUGGUGAUGGAGUAUCUGAUCGGUGGAGAUGUGAAAUCACUUCUUCAUAUUUAUGGGUACUUUGAUGAGGACAUGUCUCUGAAAUACAUCUCCGAGGUGGCACUCGCUCUGGAUUACCUUCACAGACACAGAAUUAUUCACAGGGACUUAAAACCAGACAACAUGCUCAUCUCAAACGAGGGUCACAUUAAGCUCACCGACUUUGGGCUCUCCAAGGUUAAACUUGACCGGGAACUAAACCUGAUGGACAUUUUAACCACACCUUCUUUGGUGAAACCUGAGAAAGAUUAUUUCAGGACACCUGGUCAAGUUCUGUCACUGAUAAGCUCUCUUGGUCUUAAUACUCCAGUGACAGAGGGCAAGCGUCACAGCAGCACAAUGUUGGGAAGCCCCAUGUCGUGUGGAAACGUCAAGCAGAGGAAUAGUUCUCUGUGUUCGCCUCUGCUGAAGAGACGAGCUGAUCACCUGAAUUCACCAGCGUGCACAACUCGAGCUCUAGGAUCCAGCUGUGUGUUCAGUCCGGGCCUGCUGGCUAGAAGUUUGACACCGAGGCUGAUGAAAACAAGGAAGAGAUUUGAGAAUCUGAGUGCUGGGAGUGCCCACUCAUGCCUGUUACCAUCGGCUACUGAUUCUGAAGACUGUGUCAGCCCGAUGUGGGAAGAUGAGCAGAAUUUACUAGACGAGAACCUUCAACAGUUAAACGGAAAAGAAGUAGGAAAUAGAACGCCAAGAAACAUUCCCUUGACACAUACGGAAAGGAGGAAGACAUUUCCAGCACGAGCUCAAGAUCACAGCACCGUUUUGACUCCGCUCAGUAACCAAGUGGACAAUAGCAGGAAUAUUAAACCAGAUAUUUCUGCAAAGAGGCUUCAAUUCAGUGCGUCCGACCAAUGUACUACUCCACUGGGUAAGGCUGAUCCCCAUCAGUCAGUUGGGAACGGUCUUAUGAAACCAGAGCUCCCAACAGAGCCCAAAUCCUCAGUAAAGAGAGCUUUUGACGAAGUAGAGAAGAGCCCAGAACAGGCUGAGAUCCAUUGCAAGAAAAACAACACCGUCUACAAGAGAUCUUUCCACAUUCCUAAGGACAACUCAAGGGCCCACACAGGCUUGACAGGAAUUUUCUCAAUUGUAGGGCUUGAUGAUGGUAAAAGUGCAUCUCAGAUGAAUGAGAGAAUGGGCCCAAAGCAAUCUAGUCCCAUAGCUGUGGCCAAAAAUCUCUUCUGUGAUCUUGAAGAUCAAGGUGAGGAGGUGGCUUUGCUUAAAUCAGAGGCCAACUCGAGUUUUCCGACCUCACCUGGUGAUGACCGAGAUAUCAAAAGAAGCCUUAGUUUAGAUUCGGAUGGCUCGGCCCAUGAAAUGUCAGUGGCUGCUGACACACCACACAAAUCGAAGGACUUGAAACAAGAGACUUUGUUGUCCUCUUUUGAGGAGCUGGAUGAAAAUGAGAUUUCCGUAGUCACACCGGCGGCCCGACCCACGUUGGCUACACCGAAGCAUAGCAGUGCAAAGCAGCAUAGGACUAAAUCCGAGCGUUCCCUUCUUAACCAUCCUCAUAGAUUGUCUGACAGUAUGGUCAAAUCGCCUGGCUUCCUCAAACCCAAGAAUGUGGUUGCGUUCAGGAGCUACUGCAGCUCCAUAAACCGCUCGUCUAUGUCCCAUCUCAGCCUGGCCUCUUUGGAUGCCAUGGAAAUGUCUGCAUCAACCUCCUUCCACAAUGCCCAGACUGCAGUGACUCCGGUUCAGAAGAAAAGGCCCAGUCUGAGCGGCUCACUUUACCAGACUCCACAGCAGAUGAUUAUGUCUCACACUCCCUAUAGGACACCAAAAAGUGUUCGUAGAGGUCCAGAACGUGUAGAAAGGGCUCCUAUCCUGGGAACUCCUGAUUACUUGGCGCCAGAACUUUUGUUAGGCAAACCUCAUGAUUUCAUGGUGGAUUGGUGGGCGUUAGGUGUUUGUCUGUUCGAGUUCCUGACAGGAAUCCCGCCGUUUAACGACGAGACCCCACAGCUGGUGUUCCAGAACAUUCUCAACAGAGAUAUACCGUGGCCAGAUGGAGAUGAGGAGUUAACCCAGAAUUCAAGAAAUGCCAUAGAGAUUCUUCUCACUAUGGAUACAGCCAAACGGGCUGGCUUAAAAGAGCUGAAGGUUCAUCCGUUCUUUGAAGGUGUGGACUGGGUAAACCUUCACCAUCAGACUAUGCCCUUCAUCCCUCAGCCUGAUGAUGAGACGGACACCUCGUACUUUGAGGCGAGGAACACAGCCCAGCAUCUCACGGUUUCAGGCUUCAGCCUGUAGUGCCAUGGUCUCUCACAGUAAGCUCAGGUACAGCUGGAAGCUCUGAUGAAAACAGAUCCCACAGCGCUCGUUUAUUCCCCAUCCUGCUGUCUUUAUUCAUGUUUUGUAUGUUUUUGAAAAUACAUGUUUAGAAUGACGUCAUGUUUGAAAGCAUCCUGAGAUGCAUUGAGGUGGGAUUUGAACUUUUGCACAUACAUGCCACAAGACUUGUGAUGUAAAAACUAUGCUUGUCGGCCUUUCAUUUUAUCACGCUAAAUGUUUUAACUAGUCUACAGCAAGUAUGAUUCUGAACAUGGUUGUUUGCUGCUUAAAAAAAUGAAUCUCUUGUCAGUUUAGAAAUCAUAGAUACUUACACACUUUAUAAAAUGUGGUUUAUAACACUUGCCUAUUUUUAAAUGAUUCUGGAAAUGUUUCAAGUUUAAUAAAAUACAUAAUUUCUGGAUUAA